AUGAGCUACGCGCACGACGAAGAGAGUGGCGCCGGCCGUGCUGGCCGCCAUAUGAGUGUCUCCGUCUAUGCCAACAAUAUGGGAGCACCAACCUACGACACGACCAGACGAAGAUCUUCUAUUGUCCCCGCUGCAGCUGUCGCAGCACAACAAGAUGAGACAGUCUUCAAUCAGAAGGAUGAAACCCUUCGCAAGAUGUCUGUCGCAGUCCCCAAUUUGGCCGAGCUCUCUGCCGAUGCCAAAGCUGCCGCAGAUUUGGAACAUAGGAUGGGCUUUCGUGAGGGUUGCCGCCUGUAUCCCAAAGCCAUCAUGUUCUCCUUCUGUCUUUCUCUCGCCGUCAUCAUGGAGGGGUACGACACCUACCUCCUCGGCAACUUCUUCGGGUUGACCACGUUUGCUCGCAAGUAUGGGUCGCCCGCAGGGAUUGUCAACGGCGUCCAGAGUUACCAGGUCUCUGCGACAUGGCAGUCUGCGCUCAGCAAUGGCACGGCCGCUGCUCAGAUUAUCGGACUGUUUCUCAACGGCAUCAUCUCCGAGCGUAUCGGAUACCGCUGGACCAUGAUUGGCGCUCUGGCCUUUAUUUGUGGAUGCAUCUUCAUCACCUUCUUCGCUGUUGAUGUGAAGAUGUUGCUCGCUGGUUACGUCUUGUCGGGUCUCCCAUGGGGGGUCUUCCAAACCCUUACUACCACAUAUGCCGCCGAAGUGACCCCAGUCCCAUUGAGACCAUACCUGACGACCUACGUCAACCUCUGCUGGGUCAUUGGUCAGCUUCUCGCUGCUGGUAUUUUGAAAGGCUUCGUGAACCAGACCGACCAGUGGGCAUACAGAGUGCCAUACGCAAUUCAGUGGAUAUGGCCGAUCCCAAUUGCUACAGCUGCGUUCCUUGCGCCAGAGAGUCCAUGGUGGCUUGUUCGCCAUGGCAAAUUGGACCAAGCUCGCGCUGCGCUGCUGAAGCUGACGUCCAAAAAGAACACCGAGUUCAACGUUGAAGACACGUUGGCCAUGAUGAUCCACACCAAUGAGCUUGAAAUCCAGCAGACUGCGGGCACUAACUACUGGGACUGCUUCAAGGGCGUUGACCUGCGCCGGACUGAAGUUACCUGUAUCACGUGGUUGAUUCAACAGACGUCAGGUUCUCCCAUGAUCGGCUGGGGUACCUAUUUCAUGAUCCAAGCCGGCUUGAGCGAAAGCAAUGCGUACUCCCUCGGUGUUGGCCAGAGUGCAAUGGGUUUCAUGGGGACGGUGCUCUCCUGGUUCUUGAUGCCGCACUUCGGUCGUCGCACCUUGUAUCUCGCCGGUCAAUUGGCCAUGUUCAUCAUCCUGAUGAUCAUUGGUGGCCUGGGGGUUCCAAACCUAUCCACCUCGAUUGGAUGGGCUUCUGGUGCCUUGAUUCUUAUUCUCACCUUCGUCUACGACUUUACUGUUGGGCCUGUCUGCUACUCACUGGUGGCUGAGCUUCCAUCCACUCGGCUCCGAAUCAAGACUGUCGUUUUGUCCCGGAACGUCUACAACAUCAUGGGUAUCGUGGUUGGCACUCUUCAACCUCGCAUGAUGAAUCCAACAGCCUGGGACUGGCGUGGAAAGACUUGUUUCUUCUGGGGCGGUCUCAACUUGCUAGGCUUGAUCUGGACCUAUUUCCGUCUUCCAGAGCCAAAGGGUCUCACUUAUGCCGAACUUGAUGUCUUGUUUGAGAACAAAGUGUCCGCGCGCAAAUUCAAGCAAGUCAAAGUCGACCCAUAUCGCUCGGACAAUUUGGUCAUUGUUCCCGACGAGUUUGGCGACUAUGAUGUGGUCGAGAAGAAGGGUUUCUAA